AUGGGUCAAGCUUUUGGUUGCAUUAAAGUGGACCAGUCUAAUGUUGCUAUUAAGGAACAGUUCGGAAGGUUUAAUGAUGUGCUGGAGCCUGGAUGCCACUGCCUACCUUGGUGUUUUGGAUUCCAAGUGGCUGGUGGACUUUCUCUUCGUGUGCAGCAACUUGAUGUUCGUUGCGAAACAAAAACUAAGGACAAUGUAUUUGUAACUGUGGUUGCAUCUAUUCAGUACCGUGCCUUGGCACAGAAAGCAGCUGAUGCCUUCUAUAAGCUCUCCAACACCAAGGAACAAAUCCAGGCCUAUGUUUUUGAUGUCAUCAGGGCAAGCGUGCCAAAAUUGAACUUGGACGCUGUUUUUGAGCAGAAAAAUGACAUUGCAAAGGCUGUUGAAGAAGAGCUUGAAAAGGCCAUGUCUGCCUAUGGGUUUGAAAUUGUUCAGACACUUAUUGUGGAUAUCGAGCCGGAUGUUCAUGUCAAGAGAGCAAUGAAUGAGAUAAAUGCUGCCUCAAGAAUGAGGGUGGCAGCAAAUGAAAAGGCAGAAGCUGAGAAAAUAUUGCAGAUCAAGCGAGCUGAAGGAGAUGCAGAGUCUAAAUACCUAUCGGGGCUUGGCAUAGCUCGUCAGCGUCAGGCCAUUGUUGAUGGGCUGAGGGAUAGUGUGCUUGCCUUCUCUGAGAAUGUGCCUGGUACAAGUGCUAAGGAUGUGAUGGAUAUGGUGCUGGUGACUCAGUACUUUGAUACCAUGAAGGAGAUUGGGGCGUCCUCAAAGUCGUCGUCCGUUUUCAUCCCACAUGGGCCUGGUGCAGUGAGAGACAUUGCCUCACAGAUUCGUGAUGGACUUCUUCAGGGCAAUUAUGCUCAGCAGUAA